CACAAAAAGGUUCAACGAGAAAGAUAGAUAUAUAACCCACAGAAAAAGAAGAAGAAAAAAGUCUCUCUUCCAAAAAUGGCAAUUAGGGUUUCCAACAAGUCUCUCCUCGUGGCACUUCUUCUCAUACUCUUCAUUUCUUCUCCUACUCAAGCACGAAGCUUACGAGAAAUUGUGAGGAACAGAACGCUAUUGGUUGUGGAGAAGGGUCAAGAGAGUCAGAAACUAAGGCAUGAAGGUGGAGGAAGUGAUAUUGAUGGAUUGGUGGAUAUGGAUUAUAAUUCUGCGAACAAGAAAAGACCGAUACACAAUCGCUGAUAUAUAAACACACAUGAGCUUAUGGAAUUCUUGUGAGAUAGCCUGAUCAGAUCCAAAGAUAUCCCGAGAUUCUAUAUCUUUUUAAGGAGUGAAAGAUUGUAUUUUAUGACAAAAAAAAAAAAAGUGAGAAUGCAUGUAAACUUUAUUAUUGAUAUGAACAUAUAUAUAUAUAUAUAUAUAUAUAUAUAAAAUAUGUAGACGAGUUUAUAUGCGUAUACAUGUGUAUGUGUACAGCCUUAUCUCGUGGAGAACAUUUUUACAUAAUAAUCAUAGUUUGUGUGUGUUUGUGUGUGUGUUAUGUAUGGAUUGCAUCAUGGGUUGUUUUUUGUGAAAUAAAAAGGUUAAUAAUAUUAUUAUA